CCACCUCUUCUUCUACUUACUCCUUCCCAUCUCUCUCUCUCUCUCUCUCUCUCUCUCUCUCUCUCUCUAACUAACUAAACUCCCUUCCACAAAUACUGUUAAGUUCAUCAUUAAUUACUCUGUUUACAAGUUGUGGGUUGGAAUUAAUUCAUGGAAGAAGUGGAGCUUCAAAACUACCAAAAAGCCGACACGUCGUCAUCAUCCUCCGCCUCCCCACGGCUAAAGCUCUUCGGCUUCAACGUCUCCUCAUCCAAUUACUCAGACGAUGAUAAUUACAACUACAACCUUAAUCACAACAGCUAUUACGAUGAAGACCAUCGCCACGGCCACCAAAUCAACGCCGCGGCUGAAUCACUAGAAUCCAGCUGUUUCCCCGUGGGCCCACCAGAUCCGCCGCCGACGGCGGCGGACGGCGGCGGGAACGGCAGGAAGUACGAGUGCCAGUACUGCUGCAGGGAGUUCGCCAAUUCCCAGGCUCUAGGGGGACACCAGAACGCGCACAAGAAGGAGCGGCAGCAGCUGAAGCGGGCCCAGUUGCAAGCCAACCGCAACGCAGCGGCGGCCGCGGCCGCCGCCGUGUCUUUCUCCGGCGGUAUGAUUAGGAAUCCCAUGAUCUCUGCCUUCGCUCCUCCGCCGCAUCUCCUCCCUUCUCCUCCAUCCGGCGGCGCUGGAUCCAUAAUUGGGCCUCCGUCUUGGGUUUACUUGCCCCGUACCGCGCCCCCGUUUGGGGUCUCCCAUGGCGCCGUGUUUAGCGGCGGCGGCGGCGGUGGUGGGAGGGGCGGAGGGGGGUUUUUGUACGGUGUUGGCGCCGGAGGGGAGCUGGGAUUGUCGGGUGGGUCCUACCAAUGUCCGGAUGGGCCGACUUCGCUUAGCAGAUUCUCGAGAGGAGAAGGUGGGCCCAGUUUCGAUGACUCGUUGGGCUUGGACUUGCAUCUCAGUCUGGCUCCAGCUGGUCCGUGAUCUUUUUUUUUGCUCGUGGUUAUAUAUAAUUUUUUGUAUUUGCUCUAGGGAUAUUUGACUUUGGAAGUUCAUCAUUUAUAGACUCCGAUGGUCUUGUACAUUUCUCCAAUUAAUAUUUAUUUAUUUUGAUGGAAUCCGUGAUUCUUUUUUCUAUAUUUAUAGAUCUUUCUAUAAUUUCUUACUUAAUUUUGUAUUAAUUUGCUAGAAAAUAACAGAAGAACAAAGGGACAUGAUUAAAGCAAACGAUAGCCAUUUUAAGUCUUCGGUAGGUAAGAAAAAAAAAAGGAGGGUGAGUUUAUUGAAAUUAUGGGUAUCAUAUUGUAGUUAACUAAUUCCUAUUUAUGGUUAAUUACCAUCCCAUGAUGCAUAUAAGAUAUAGGUAUAUGUGGUAGGUAGAUUCGUUUGGUGGCCAUGUUUGUCAUCUUUGUGUCGAAAGGUAUAGAUUGCUAGCAAGAUUAACCAAAUUUUAAUCAUUAGUAAGAUUUACUUAUUAGAGUUCUUCAUUAAUUCAUGUGGGUCCAACUCCUCACAUGCUUGGCAAAAAAAUUCUUUCCUUGAUUAGACUAACAAGAGAAAUUGGAGCUUCCUACCCAACAUAAAAGAAAGGGGUAAAUGCCACAUUUCAGUUACCAAAUCGUGUCAUGUUUAGUCACUAGAAAAAAUUAAUAUCAAUUUUGGUCACUCGAAUUACUGGAACAUGUCAUGUUUAGUCACUUUCCCGUUAGUUUCCGUCCGACUUCAUUAAUGGAGUUGGAUGGAAAAUAAUGGGAGAGUGACUAAAUGUGACAUGUUUUAGUAAUUCGAGUGACUAAAUGUGACGUGUUUUAGUAAUUCGAGUGACUGGAGUUGGACGGAGGCUAACGGGAGAGUGACUAAAUGUGACAUGUUUCAAUAAUUCGAGUGACCAAAAUUGAUACUAAAUUUUUCUAGUGACUAAACAUGACACGAUUUAGUAAUCUUAGUGACCAAAUGUGGUAUUUACCCUAAAAGAAAGAAUAGAAAAUGGAGCUUUAUUUGUGUUUGAUCUGAAUUAAUUCAUUCAGAAGCAAUACUAAGAUCUAUCUUCAUUUAUGAACGAGUUUAUUUCACCAAUUUUUGUUUAUUUAUCUAAACUGAAUGUGUCAAAAAAAAAUUCGAUAACUUGUAAUCUGUAUAUAUAUUAUGUGGUAGUUAAGAUAUAAUAAUAUCACCGAUUAAUUAAAGACGGAUUUCAUACAUAUUUAUCCUAAACGAAGAAGAAGAAAGUUUAACCCAAGAUAAUUCGUUCAGAAUAUAAGAAAUUGACGGAAAAACAAAUAUUAAGCAAUGUAGUUCUAAUGUCAGACAUGCAGACAAAUUCUAAUUAUUGUUGAUGGAUCAAUGAUUCAUUCAUCCUUUGCUACAUUCUCUUCUAUCACCUAUAAAUAAAACUAUGAAUCGGUGUAGUUCAACCUGCAAAAUGGUCAAACAUGAUAAUACCUAAUCUAGUUUAUGAUAGGCACACAUAUAUUGAAGAGUUCAAUGUACACUGCACAUGAGUGGAAUUCGGUUGAGAAAUAUAAUGACUAUUUGUGCAUUAUAAGAAAUGAUAUAUUACUAAAGCUUUGUUAAUUUGGGUUUAGUAAAGCAUCCAUCUUAGAUUAUUAUAGCAAUUAGCACCCAUCUUUGAUAUGUAUGUAUAGAUUAUAGUAGGUAUAUUUGGUGCAUGAAUGUUCGUAGUUAACUCCUUUAAAAAGGUAUCAUAAGGUCAUAAGGAGGAGAGUUUCCAAACUACAUGGCCAAACCUAAUAUGACUCCACCGAGGUUUAGAAUUGUUUAUACAGGUGGGCCGCGAUAUUUCUUUUUAUUGUUUAAGAUCGAGUAUUCUACAUCCUGGCACAAUUACAAUUAUGAGUAAAAAAAUGAGAUUAGACACACUAGUUUUUACCCAAUCAUAUCAUAGGUCCUAUAAUUUUAUCUCAUGUUAAGUGUUGAAUACGAAAAAAACGAGAUUGGAAAAGAAGUCUAUAUCAUCAUGUCCGUUGUGGUUGGUUUAGAAAAGAAUGGGAAGUCAGACAAUUGAUACGUUCUAAACUGGAGGGGAAAAAAUUACAAUUUUGGUGAACGGAAACGAUUCUCCUUCUUCUAGGUAUGACUUGAUCUUUUAGUUCCAGCAGACUCAUAGAUCAUGGAAAAAGAUAACAACUCAGUAUAAAUUCGUUUGUUCAUCUCAACCAUGACACAACCAUACCAUCAAAUGUAAAAUCGAGGACAAAAACUCUUAAAGCGGAUUUAACCCAAAACAAAUCAUACACUUUACUACUAACACAUGGAAAAAUAAUCCAUUUCUAAGGGGUCGUUUGCUUCUAGGAUUUUAGAAAAUGAGGGAUUAUGAUAAAACCUUGGAUUUUGAAUAUGAGAGAUUAUGUUGGAUUUUGAUUAUGUUGGAUUUUGAAACUUCCAUGUUUGUUUGUAGGAUUUGGUAAUGGCUUUUAGUAGGUUGGAAUUAUGGCUUGAUGGGGGAAAUUACUUUCUUAUCCUUAAUGAACCACUUUUUACUUUACUUGUAUUUUGAAUGUUUUUGUAUAUACAUGAAGAAUUAGCAUAUGUAAAAAUGGCAGCAACAUCCAUACUAUUUGGUCAUAUUGUAUACACGCAAGAAGCCAUUAAAGUAAAUUGAAACUCUCAACCCAAACCAAUAAUAUCGAAAGGAUUAUCAAGGGUUUGGAUUGGAUUAUAAAAAAAGAGGAUGUAAGAAUGAAAUAAUUAAUUGUUGAGCUUCAUAUAAAAGGAAGACAAAACGACGAUAGGCAGAGAUGGAAAAGGUUGCCGGAGCUUUUUGCUGUGUUGCAAUCCCUUGGCAACGAAGAGACAAAGUUGGUGAGAUGAGAGUGUAGACAAAAGUCCUCAGUAGAGAUAAUAAUAACCGAGGGCAAAAUUGGAUUGCACAAAAUGAGUGGGGGUAACACGGUCAUUAAACAUCAUGGAUUAUAUCUAUCUUUCAAAAUCCUAGCUAUAGAGGUAAGAUUUUAUAAUCCAUGGGGCCCACGGAUUUUAGCUCCAAAUAAUCCAAUAUUAGUGGACCCCACAGAUUGAAACAAAAUCCAUUAUAUGCUAACAAACAUGGAUUCAUUAU